GGGCGUGUGUUCUCCACACUUCUCCAACUAUCUCUUCUUGUUCUUCCUCAACAAAUCCCUAGCUAGCUUCUUCCUCAUUUGCUUUUCAUAUUAAUUUUCCAUGGCGCCAAAUAGCCAAGCAUCCGUAAAUGGGGCCAAGUACCCUAACCCAACCAUGAACAACCUCGACCUCGAGCACCAACCCACCCAAGACCUCAAUACUUCCAAGGACAACGACGACUUCGACUACUCCAAACGCUCCCAGUGGCUCCGCGCCGCCGUCCUGGGAGCCAAUGAUGGCCUGAUCUCCACCGCGUCGUUAAUGAUGGGUGUUGGUGCUGUUAAGCAGGACAUUAAAGCCAUGAUACUAACCGGGUUCGCCGGACUAGUAGCCGGUGCCUGCAGCAUGGCCAUCGGAGAGUUUGUCUCUGUCUACUCCCAGUUGGACAUAGAGGUGGCCCAAAUGAAGAGAGACAACAAAAACAACAAGCAAAACAGCCCGGUGGUACACUUGGUAGGAGACGAGGAGGGAGAAGAGAAGGAGAACUUGCCAAACCCGUUACAAGCAGCAGCUGCAUCGGCUCUUGCGUUUUCAGUGGGAGCAAUGGUACCACUGCUAGCAGCCUCGUUCAUAAAGGAGUAUGGGGCGAGGUUAGGAGCUGUGGCGGUGGCGGUGACAUUGGCUUUGAUGGUGUUUGGUUGGUUGGGAGCAGCUUUGGGGAAGGCACCAGUUCUGAGAUCAACCGUUAGGGUUUUGGUUGGAGGGUGGAUGGCUAUGGCUAUAACCUUUGGGCUAACCAAGUUGAUUGGAUCCAGUGGACUGUAGGACUAGCCAGUAAGAUAUGUAACUUUGGGUAUUGUCGAUGUGUACGUGCUUUGGAACUGUUACAAGAUGUGUAACUUCAGUGUUAUCGAAGAAAUGAAAUGUAUGAUGAUGAUGAUCGAGUUCUGCUUACUGUAA